AGAACACCGGGGGGCGCGCUACAACAUUCGCAUCACCCAUGAAGAAAAAACUCCUCAGUGAGGAAAAUGGCUGACGUAGAGAUGGACAUAACGUCCAGAAGAAUGAAUAAUGGAAAUGAACACGUUAAACAAGACCUGGAGAGCCAUGAAAGGAGCGGCAAUGAAGACAGUGGAGACGUGUCUGAGGAAGAAGAGGAGGAAGAGGGAACAGCCGAAGCGAACGGCGAGAAGGCAGAGGGAUCCAAACAUCACAGCGGCAGCGGCAAACACAAGCGGAAGAAACACAAGCAUCGCAGCAAGCAUAAAAAGCACAAGCAUGCGGCGAACGAGGACAAGGAGCGAAAACGCAAGCAUCGCCACAAACACCGGAAACACAAGCGCAAAGAGGGCUCGCCUGCCCCAGGCCCCGCCCUCUUUGACCCCUCCAAGAAAGUGGAAUCGUCUCCGUCCUCCGGGAUUCCCAGUCUGGACGACAGAGCUUUGCUGGAGGACUUGGAGAAGCAGAGGGCCAUGAUCAAAGCCGAGCUGGACAGCCAGUUGAUGGAGGGCAAGGUCCAGUCCGGGAUGGGCCUGAUCCUCCAGGGCUACAACUCUGGUUCUGAAGAGGAUGGAGAUGCAAGGAUGAGGAACGGGGAGCAGCGUCCAAGGGGCAGCUCAGGGAAACCAAUAUCUCCCAGGGGCGGCAAAACUGGGAAAUCUAGACGGGACUCGACCGAGGCCAGUAAAUCCAACGCCAAGCGCCGCAGUCGGAGUAAGUCUGCAGAGAAGUCUGCCAGGGAGUCGAAACCGGACAAGGGGACCAAGAGCUCAAAGGAGGCAGUUGUUAGAGACAGAGGUCGCGGCAGGAGCCGGUCAAAAGACCGGAAGCGGUCAGACAGCAAGGACAGGAAAAAGUCCAACUCCCCCCCGAGCCUCCGAGGCGAGCAGAAGGCCAGUCGCACUGAAAAACGUCCGUCUCCACAGCGAGACGACAAAACCAACCAGGAAAGACCAAGCCGGCGGUCCAGGUCACCCGCACGAGAACGGCCGAGGCGCUCUGAUGCCGAUAGGGACAAACGGCCGGCCAAGUCCCCGUCCAAGGACACUUCCUUAGGUAAAGAGAACCGCUCGCCGCACAGGCGGGGGCCCCACAGUCCCACCAGGAAACGCAGCGCUUCUCCUCGCCACAGAGACGCCCAUCACAAGUUGGCCGGUGCCCCGGAGAAGGCGGCGAAACAGAACCACUCUCCGACCAGAACACGGUCCCCCCCCAGGAGAGGACGCAGCCGCUCCGCGGACGUCAGGAGGAGGGAGGCUGACCGGCAGGAGUCCCCGCCAAGCAGAAAGCGCUCUCGGGCAGACGUAGGACCAGCCAGGAACAGAUCCCGGGACAAGAGUCCCAGGUCGGUCUCCCGACGCCGAGUGAGUCGCUCUCCUCUCAGGAGGAGGUCCCCAUCGCCACGGCGACGCUCGCGCUCACCCCCCCGCAGGCGAAGCAGGUCUCCCCUGGGGCACAGGUCCGGGGAGCGGGACCGGUACGGCAGACUCCGGCAGUACCGACGCUCCACCUCCCGGGAUCGGGACAGGAGGAGGAGGAGGCGCAGCAGAGAUGAAGACAAGUUUAAAGGGAGCCUCUCGGAGGGGAUGAAGCUGGACCAGGAAUCCUCAGAGGAUGAAGUGUUGGAUGAGUUUGAAAGCGAGGAGAUCGAUGAAGAAGCUCUCAUAGAACAGAGGCGCCAGCAGCGCUUGGCCAUCGUCCAGAAAUACAAGGCGGUGAACGAAGAGAGCAACAUGGUGUCGGAGCCCAGCAGCCCGCAGAGCAGCACGCGCAGCCGCUCGCCGUCACCCGACGACAUUCUGGAGCGCGUGGCCGCCGACGUCAAGGAGUACGAGCGGGAGAAUCUCAACACCUUUGAGGCCAACAUCAAAGCCAAGCACAACUUGAUCGCGCAGGAGAAAGACGGAGCCAACCCAAAGAAGCCCUCCGCCCCGGACAUGUUUACCGAGUCGGAUGACCUGUUUGCCGCCGACUUUGAUAGCGCCAGGAUGAGAGCUGCAGGUCUGGGCAAGGACUUCAAGGAGAACCCCAACCUCAGAGACAAUUGGACCGACGCCGAGGGUUACUACCGAGUGAACAUCGGAGAGAUUCUGGACAAGCGCUAUGACGUGUACGGGUACACGGGUCAGGGCGUCUUCAGCAACGUGGUCAGAGCCCGGGACGCCGCCAGAGCCGGCCAGGACGUGGCGGUCAAGAUCAUCAGGAACAACGAGCUCAUGCAGAAGACGGGCCUGAAGGAGUUGGAGUUCCUCAAGAAGCUGAACGACGCCGAUCCGGACGACAAGUUCCACUGCCUCCGUCUGUUCCGGCACUUCUACCACAAGCAGCACCUGUGUCUGGUGUUUGAGCCUCUGAGCAUGAACCUUCGGGAGGUUCUGAAGAAGUACGGCAAAGACGUGGGGCUCCACAUCAAAGCGGUGCGGUCCUACAGCCAGCAGCUGUUCCUGGCGCUCAAGCUGCUGAAGCGCUGCAACAUCCUCCACGCUGACAUCAAACCCGACAACAUCCUGGUGAACGAGUCAAAAACCAUCCUGAAGCUCUGUGAUUUUGGCUCCGCCUCUCAUGUGGCAGACAAUGACAUCACGCCGUACCUGGUCAGCAGGUUCUACAGAGCGCCUGAAAUCAUCAUAGGAAAGCCUUACGACUACGGCAUCGACAUGUGGUCCGUGGGCUGCACGCUGUACGAGCUGUACACCGGCAAGAUCCUGCUGCCGGGAUCCUCCAACAACCACAUGCUCAAGCUGGCCAUGGACCUCAAGGGCAAAAUGCCCAACAAGAUGAUCCGGAAAGGCUUCUUCAAAGACCAGCACUUCGACCAGAACCUGAACUUCCUGUACAUCGAGGUGGACAAAGUGACAGAAAGGGAGAAAGUGACGGUGAUGAGCACCAUCAACCCCACCAAAGACCUGCUGGCAGACCUGAUAGGCGGCCAGCGGCUGCCCGAGGACCAGAGGAAGAAGGUGAUGCAGCUGAAGGACCUGCUGGAAGGCACGCUGAUGCUGGACCCGGCCAAACGCGUCAGCAUCAACCAGGCGCUCCAGCACCCCUUCAUCCAGGAGAAGAUCUGACCCCGAAGGCCAGGCGGGACGGGCGGAGGCCGCACGCCACCGCGUCCUCACCUUUAGUUCUUCCCCCGACUUUCUGUUCCAGGAUGGUGUUUUAUUGUAAAUAGAUCAUUCAAACCGUAGCCAUUCUCAAACAUUUUUUGCGACUUCUCGUUGUAAAUCUCCCACCGCCCCGCAGAACCAAUAUGAACUUUUUUUUUUUUAAUUUAACUUUGGAGCAAAAAAAAAGAAAAACAAUAGCUGUAAAUAUUUCCCGCCUGCUGCAUUAACGAUCCAGCGGCAGGCGGGCGGCUGGAUACUUUUUCCAGGUUGCAGACGUCGUUUUUCUGGAACAACCUAACGGUGAGGCGAUGCAUGCUCUUGAAUGUGCUGCAGGCGUGGGUCCGUUUCAUCGUGUCACCCCUCCCCUCACUGUUGUCCCCUCAGGCCCACUUGAAGGAAUUGAUAUUUUGCAUUUAUUUGGUCCAUCUUUCUCUUUUUUUUCCAAAGCAAAAGUCUUUGUUUUAUCUCUUUUAAAAGUCCGUUCCCUCCCUCCCUGCAGCGCUUCGGCCCGGUCCCGGCUCCGAAAGGCUCUCACAUUCAAGUGCCUCCUGUUUGAGCCUCGUGUGAAACACCAAACCGAAGAAGCCUCCGCUGUAACCCCCCCUCACCCCGCCCCGAAUGUUGUAUAUAGUCCGUAGUUCCUGUCCUUUUUAUGUACGCUCAUUUGGUUUCUUUUCAUUACGUGGUUAUCUUGUGAUUUCAAUAAAGAGUAGUCGUGGAAACGCUACUGAAAGAGCUGCUUCAGUACGACGGCUUGUUUUCUAGUAAUAAAAUGCUUCAUGUACAAACUCCCACCGUACUUGAUUCAAACGCUGGAACACGGCGUCCCUUCUGCCGCCACCGCCACAUUCAGGGCCAGAAAUGGUCUCUGAACUUUGCAGAGGACUGCUGAUUUUCAAAGGACUCCUGCUUCUUUGACGCCACGGCACUUCUCUCAAAGCACCGAACAGACGCAGGAACUCGCCAAGAAAGCAUCUAAUGGGCUCUUCUGAUUGAAGCUGCAGAAGGGCGUAGUGUGGGGGUUGUGAUCCUAAUGCACAUCGACAAUGAUGGGGCUGCAUUUGACAUGAAGAUGUGACCAAACAAAUCAGUCAUUCAAAGCACAUUUGGCCUGCACUUCCUUUAUGUGACCAGAAGAGGGCGGCAGAUACCACACAUUUUUAAGCAGCCGUUUAAAACUGGGUGGUUCUGAGAAAACUGCAAAAUUCCCUUCAUGUAAUUUUCCUAAAUAAAGAAAUAAAUAGAAUUCUUA